CGUUAGCGCUGCUUGGAGCGGGGCUGCGGCGCCAUGGAUGCCUCCGGCUGCAUGAAGUCCCUGCUCCGGGCAGCCAGGCAGUAUCGGGCUGCCCCGACGGCUGCCAGCGCGGCGCUGCUGCAGCGCAGCCUGGAGGUUAUCUCUGGACUGAAGCUUACACGAUUGUUUGCUUCAAAUCAGAUUCUGCCAAGUGAAUGUCUCAGUUGCCUAGUAGAACUCCUUGAGGAUGCUUAUGUAAGCCCAUCUCUAACCUUGUCUGUGGUUACGUUGCUGUCACAGCUAGCUGUAGACAAUGAGACCAGAGAAACUCUUCAAGACACCUACAAUCUGACCAGCGUGCUGGCACGAGUGGUUCAUCGAAGUUCCACUAAUCUUAGCGACCCAGUCUUAUUACAGAGUAUUCAGUUGCUGCAGAAGCUAACCUACAAUGUUCCUGUCUUUUCCGCUGGUGCCAACAUCGAUGAACUGAUUUCAUUCCUAAUGCAGCAUGUUCAACACACUGAAGAUGAGUUAACAAUGCCCUGUUUGGGCCUCCUGGCAAAUCUCUGUCGUCACAACUCGUCUGUUCAAACUCGGAUCAAAUCUUUGAAUCAUGUGAAGAAUUUCUAUCGCACCUUAAUAGGCUUCCUAGCCCAUAGUAGUUUGACUAUGGUUGUGUUUGCACUUUCCCUGUUGUCAAGCCUUACUUUAAAUGAAGAAGUAGGAGAAAAACUCUUCCAUGCUCGAAAUAUCCAUCAGACGGUUCAGUUAAUAUUCAAUAUUGUUGUAAAUGGAGAUGGUACCCUAACAAGAAAAUAUCUGUUGACCUAUUCAUGGAUCUUCUGAAGAACCCCAAAGUUGCCGAUUAUCUUAGCAGGUACGAGCACUUUACCUCAUGCCUUGGUCAAGUAUUAGAUCUUCUUCAUGGAAGGGAUCCCAAUUCAUCAUCUAA